AUGGCCAUCACAAGAAUUGAUCAGACAGAUGUCCAUCAGAUCACCUCCGGUCAGGUGAUUGUGGAUUUAACAACUGCAGUGAAAGAAGUGGUUGAAAAUGGACUAGAUGCCAAGGCUACACAGAUAGACAUCACAUUCAAGAAUUAUGGCAAGGACUCAAUUGUUGUCACAGAUAAUGGAUCAGGUAUUGAAGAGCAAGACUUUGAGAGCAUUUGCCUGAAACACUACACGUCAAAAUUGUCCAGUUUUAGUGAUGUGGAAACUAUAAGUACUUUUGGUUUUAGAGGUGAGGCAAUGAGUUCUUUAUGUGCAAUUUCUGACGUUAUCGUCACCACAGCCACUGCAAAGACAACACCACAGGCUUGGUGUGUGGAAUUCAAUCAGAUGGGGCGUAUUUCGUCGAAAAAGAUGACUUCUAGACCUAUAGGAACGACGGUUGAAAUUUCCAAAUUGUUUGAACGUCUUCCGGUCCGGAGAAUCGAUUUGGUGAAGAAUAUAAAGCGAGAAUAUCAUAAAGCCAUUGCAUUUUUACAAUGCUACGCUUUGGUUAGUACUGGUGUGCGUAUGAUAGUGCGGCAUAUAGACGCCAGAGGCCGAAAGUCUGUGGUGUUUUCCACAAGUGGCUCUAAAGAGCUUAAAAGAAACAUAACGUCUCUCUUUGGAUCUGGAGGCGCCCGUGGACUAGAAGCAGUUGAUUUCACAGUUUCAGUUCCGUCCAAAUUUCAUCAGGGUGUGCAGGAGAUACGUUUUUCUGGUUUCAUUUCUAACGCUUCUUUUGGUCAAGGUAGAUCUUCUUCUGAUAGGCAGUUCUGGUAUAUAAACGGCAGACCGGUUCAUCUGCCACGGUUUAGUAAGGCUGUUAACGAGAUGUACAAGAAAUUUAACCAUCUCCAGUACCCAAUGAUAGUACUGGUACUUUUUAUGGAUCAGAAGUUUGUUGAUAUUAAUGUGACACCCGAUAAAAGAACCGUGAUGGUCAGCAAUGAAGCCAAGAUUCUUGAAUCUCUUCGCGAGAAGCUUGAUGGCAUUUUCAGUGCAAACGAUGUUCGAAUCCCAGUCAAUGAUAAUGUAACUGAGAGAAUAUCGGAGAGAAAUAACUCUGUUAGGCAGUUCACGUUGGAAAGUUUUUCACUAAAGAGCGAUGAUACAUCCAGCAUACCGAAUACUGAUGAGGAGGAUGAAAUAAGCGAUUCAAAGGAUGAAACCGAGCGUGAAAAGGAUGAAAAUGAACCUGGAAAAGGUGAAAAUGAACUUGUGAAAGUUCAGGGUGAACAUGUGAAAGGUGAAAAUGAACCUGUGAAAGUUCAAGAGGAACCUGAAGAAGUUCAAAAUGAACAUGAGAUGGUUCAAGAUGAGCAUGAGCUAGUUCAAGACGAACCUGAGAAAAUUGAAGAUGAACCUGAGAAAGUUCAAAAUGAAUAUGAGAAAAUUGAAUAUGAUCCCGUAUCUUGUAAAAUGGAUAACACUUCAUUAAAGAAAAAGCCUCAGGAAAGAGAAGUGGAUGAAUUUUCAACAAUCGCAGACGAUAAUAUCAAAGAGACUUCCAGUUUUGAGAAGGAAAAGGUGCAGAGUACUUAUUCACAGUCCUCACAAUCUAUUUUAAAGUCCACUUCUCCUAUUUUAUCUCCAACUAUUGAAGUUUCAAGGCAAGAAUCUUUAUCCGAUUUCAAACUAGAAUCUUCGCCGAUUCGUACAAACAUGAGUCGAAAUGAUAUAAUAGACUCUACCCAGAAAAGAGUGGAGAAAGUCUGUUUUGCCACUUUUGGGCAGGAAAGAGAGAUUGAUGCUAGUAAAUUUGACAUGAAAUUAAGAUUUUUGAAAAGAAUGCGUCUUGUUGAACAAGAAUCGUCCUCAAAAAGGCAGAGACUAGAUGAUAUUACAGAUACAAAUAAUGCCGAAAAGCUUCUCACACUUACAGUGACGAAAUCGGACUUUAUGGAGAUGAAGAUCAUCGGGCAGUUCAACUUGGGAUUCAUUUUGGUGACAAGAAAGAAUAGAAAUACCGGCUCUGUAGAUAUGUUCAUUGUUGAUCAGCACGCUUCCGAUGAGAAGUACAAUUUUGAAAGAUUGCAGAGAGAUACAAAAUUCCAGAGCCAGCCUCUUGUCGUUCCGCAAGUUCUAGAACUCAAUGCGGUGGAUGAAAUGAUAGUGUCGAAUAAUGUUGAUCUUUUUGAAAAGAACGGCUUCAAAAUAAGAGUGAAAGAUGAUGAGACCACAGGGAGGAAAAUCGAGCUUUUGGCACUCCCUUUUUCCAAAAACACGCAAUUUAACCUGAUGGAUUUUUACGAAUUAAUCAAUAUGGUGCGUGAAGAUGAAGGUAACAGCUCACUUCGGCCAACAAAGGUCAGAAGUAUGUUUGCAAUGCGAGCAUGUAGAUCCAGUAUUAUGAUUGGUCGAGCACUUAAGAGGAGUACUAUGACUAAAGUUAUAAGGCAUUUAUCAGGGCUUGACAAACCAUGGAACUGCCCGCAUGGGCGUCCGACUAUGAGGCAUUUGGUUGAGCUUCAGGGUUGGAGCACUUUCAAAAAAGAUUGUUACUAG